GGUCAAGAGCAAAGACACCCGGCAAAGGCAAGGGAUAGUGCGGCUCCUCGUACCGAAAGAGGCCUCGGGCAGGAAUUGCGCUGUGAGUGUCAACCUUUCAGGAAGCGAGAAAGAGAAAAACCCUGAGAUUCAGCCAGGGUUCUCGGGGACCGCGAGACUCGCCGCUGAAUCGAGAGCACCAAGAAUUUAAAUCAAAGAACCCAGUCCUGGGAUACACAGGCUUCCUGCCUGCCAUCGAGGGUAAAUAGAACUGUGGUCGUGAGCUCCUGUCACUGGCAUUGCCGCGCUAGGUGCGCGCCCGGCUCUCCCACUGGUAUGCACCGACCAUUUCCUUGCAAGUCUCAAAGGUGGAAACACUUAAAAGGAUUACAAGCGAGAUUUGGUGGCCUUUCUGAAAGUUGGUGGCCGUUGGAGGAGAAACUGCAGGCGACGGCAUGAUGGAUACAAUUCAGCCUCCCAGAGAGUUUGCACCUCCCGCUGGGAAGCCCCUUGGAGUAAACCUCGGAGAUCGAGAGCGCUCUGCACGGUUAGUUUUGUAAUCAGCCACGAAUGAUGAAACCUUCUAUAGCUGAGAUGCUUCACAGAGGGAAGAUGUUGUGGAUAAUUCUUCUAAGCACAAUUGCUCUAGGAUGGACUACCCCGAUUCCCCUGAUAGAGGACUCAGAGGAAAUAGAUGAGCCCUGUUUUGAUCCAUGCUACUGUGAAGUUAAAGAAAGCCUCUUUCAUAUACAUUGUGACAGUAAAGGAUUUACAAAUAUUAGUCAGAUUACUGAGUUCUGGUCAAGACCUUUUAAACUGUAUCUGCAGAGGAAUUCAAUGAGGAAAUUGUACACCAACAGUUUUCUUCAUUUGAAUAAUGCCGUGUCCAUUAACCUUGGGAACAAUGCAUUGCAGGACAUUCAAACAGGAGCUUUCAAUGGUCUUAAGAUUUUAAAGAGGCUAUAUCUCCAUGAGAACAAACUAGACAUCUUCAGAAAUGACACCUUCCUUGGCUUGGAAAGUCUGGAAUAUCUGCAGGCAGAUUACAAUGUCAUUAAACGUAUAGAGAGUGGGGCAUUUCGGAACCUAAGUAAAUUGAGAGUUCUGAUUUUAAAUGACAAUCUCAUCCCCAUGCUUCCAGCCAACUUAUUUAAGGCUGUCUCCUUAACCCACUUGGACCUACGUGGAAACAGGUUAAAAGUUCUUUUUUACCGAGGAAUGCUAGACCACAUUGGCAGAAGCCUGAUGGAGCUCCAGCUGGAAGAAAAUCCCUGGAACUGUACAUGUGAAAUUGUGCAACUGAAGAGUUGGCUGGAACGCAUUCCUUACACUGCCCUAGUGGGAGACAUCACCUGCGAGACCCCUUUCCAUUUCCAUGGAAAAGACUUACGAGAAAUCAGGAAGACAGAACUCUGUCCCUUGUUGUCUGACUCUGAGGUGGAAGCUAGUUUGGGGAUUCCCCACUUGUCACCAAACAAGGAGAAUGCAUGGCCAACUAAGCCUUCCUCAAUGCUGUCAUCUGUCCAUUUUACUGCUUCUUCUGUUGAAUAUAAGUCCUCAAAUAAACAGCCCAAGCCCACGAAACAGCCUCGAACACCAAGGCCGCCUUCCACAUCGCAAGCUUUAUACCCUGGUCCAAACCAACCUCCCAUUGCUCCUUACCAGACCAGACCACCCAUUCCUAUUAUAUGCCCUACUGGGUGUACCUGUAAUUUGCACAUCAAUGACCUUGGCUUGACUGUCAACUGCAAAGAGCGAGGAUUUAAUAACAUUUCUGAACUUCUUCCAAGGCCACUGAAUGCCAAGAAACUGUAUCUGAGUAGCAAUCUGAUUCAGAAAAUAUACCGUUCUGAUUUUUGGAAUUUCUCUUCCUUGGAUCUCUUACAUCUGGGGAACAACCGUAUUUCUUACGUCCAGGAUGGGGCCUUCAUCAACCUGCCCAACCUUAAGAGCCUCUUUCUCAAUGGCAACGAUAUCGAGAAGCUGACACCAGGCAUGUUCCGAGGCCUACAGAGUCUGCACUACUUGUAUUUCGAGUUCAAUGUCAUCCGGGAAAUCCAGCCUGCAGCCUUCAGCCUCAUGCCUAACUUGAAGCUGCUAUUCCUCAACAAUAAUUUGCUGAGGACCCUGCCAACGGAUGCCUUUGCAGGCACAUCCCUGGCCCGGCUCAACCUAAGGAAGAACUACUUCCUCUACCUUCCUGUGGCUGGUGUCCUAGAACACUUGAAUGCCAUUGUCCAGAUAGACCUCAAUGAGAAUCCUUGGGACUGUACCUGUGACCUGGUUCCCUUCAAACAGUGGAUUGAAACCAUCAGCUCAGUCAGUGUGGUGGGUGAUGUGCUAUGCAGGAGCCCUGAGAACCUCACCCACCGUGAUGUGCGCACUAUUGAGCUGGAAGUUCUCUGCCCAGAGAUGCUGCACAUCGCACCAGCUGGAGCAUCCCCAGCCCAGCCUGGAGAUUCUCACCUUGCUGGAGGGCCUACGAGUGCAUCACCAUAUGAGUUCUCUGCUCCUGGGGGCCCUGUGCCACUUUCAGUGUUGAUUCUCAGCCUACUGGUUCUGUUUUUUUCAGCAGUGUUUGUUGCUGCAGGCCUCUUUGCCUAUGUCCUUCGACGGCGCCGGAAGAAGCUGCCCUUUAGAAGCAAGCGGCAGGAAGGUGUGGACCUCACUGGCAUCCAGAUGCAAUGCCACCGGCUUUUUGAGGAUAGUGGAGGUAAUGGAGGUGGAAAUGGAGGUGGGGGACGACCAACUAUUUCUUCCCCAGAGAAGGCCCCGCCUGUGGGUCAUGUAUAUGAGUACAUACCCCACCCAGUUACUCAGAUGUGCAACAACCCCAUCUACAAGCCUCGUGAGGAGGAGGAGGUGGCUGUUCCAUCAGUCCAGGAGGCAGGGAGUGCCGAACGUGGGGCUCCUGGGACACAACCGCCAGGAAUGAGUGAAGUUCUCCUAGGAAGUGAGCAGUUUGCUGAGACACCCAAGGAGAACCACACCAACUACCGGACCGUGCUGGAAAAAGAAAAGGAGUGGGCCCUGGCAGUGUCCAGCUCCCAGCUCAACACCAUAGUGACCAUGAAUCAUCAUCACCCUCACCCUCACCACCCAGCAGUUGGUGGGGUUUCAGGGGUAGUUGCGGGAACUGGGGGAGACUUGGGUGGGUUCCGCCACCACGAGAAGAAUGGUGGGGUGGUGCUGUUUCCUCCUGGGGGAGGCUGCGGUGGUGGCAGUAUGCUACUAGACCGAGAGAGGCCACAACCAGCCCCCUGCACAGUGGGAUUUGUGGACUGUCUCUAUGGCACAGUGCCCAAAUUAAAGGAGCUGCAUGUCCACCCUCCUGGCAUGCAAUACCCAGACUUACAGCAGGACGCCAGGCUCAAAGAAACCCUUCUCUUCUCGGCUGGAAAGGGCUUCACAGACCACCAAACCCAAAAAAGUGAUUACCUCGAGUUAAGGGCCAAACUUCAAACCAAGCCGGAUUACCUCGAAGUCCUGGAGAAGACAACGUAUAGGUUCUAACAGAAAAAGAAAAAAUAAAUUAGUGCUUUUUUUCAAAAGAAAAGAAAAAUUAAAGAAAUAUAUCCCUUGCUCCCUUUACACUUGUCCCAAUAACUCCAUUCUCACAAACUUCCCUGCCCUGAACAGAACUGAAACCGCAUGAUAACUAGAAAAUACAGAUGUAUGCUCUCCCCUCUCAGAUGUGAUUUGGAGGAAGGGCCAUACUCAGAUCAUUAAUCAAUGAAGUGCCUUCGCAGACUUUUGCCAGCAAAUGUUAUCAUUAUUUUUUUAUACUGAAACUUGAGACUUUGACUGUGCCAUGUAUAAGGUAUAUUGGGGAUCGCUGUAUUGAUCCUAAUUAAGUAAAAUUCAGUGUGUCUUUAUUUUCAGUAACUUUUUUUUUUCAGUUGUAGUUUUGUUUGACAGGGAUGGGGGGGGAAACAAAUUGACAUUUGUGGCUUUCUUUUUUCUUCCCAUCAUGGCACAGAUUCUGUACAUGUAUUAACAAUGCAGUUUGCUGCAUGCCUGGAAACUGCAAGACGGGGAGGGAGGGGUGGGUCUUGCUCGAAUGUUCUCACCCACUCGUUUUUCUCACACAUAUACCCACAGGCAAAUCACAAAUCCCUGAACACAAGCAGGUCCCUAAACCUGUGGCCUCUUCCUUCUGGUGCAGGUACACACACACACACACACACACACACACACACACACACACACAGCACUCCCAUUCAACUCAAUCUAAUUGGUUCGUGUUUGAUCCAUUCCUCUUCUCUCCAUAGCUCCACCUUUCCUUCACCCUAGUGUACAGCUUACAGCAUCUCUCCUACCACCCUGAGAAACGUCAUCUUCUAGGCUGGAUCCUACUGAAGUGGAGGCCUGGUGGUUUAACAGCUGGAGGCACACACCUAGGGAUGAGCACCUUCUUUGUGACACUUCAUCCUGAUGCCAAGAUUUUUUGGAGAACAUC